AUGGAGAAGCUCCAGCAGCCGAACGGCAAGAAGGCGAGGCUGGAGUCACCCGGUGUUGAAGUGAAGCAAGAAGUGCAGGAGGAAGGGCAGUCGAGCGGCGGCGGCGCCGCAACUGUGGCCGUGGAAGUCGCCGCCCCGAGAGUGGAGGUCGUGGUGAAUGUCGACAAGGCCUUGCUUCACUGCUCCCUCUGCGCCGUCACCUUCAAGCCUCCCAUUUCCCAGUUCCAGGACGGCGCCUACAGCCGCAACAAACCCUUGGAAGACGUCGUCGGCAGCCUCAGAGUCCCCUGUACCUACGACGUCUGCGGCUGCAGGGCUUACGUCGCCUACCACAACGCCAGUGAACACAAGCGCGAGUGCCCCUGGGCGCCGUUCGCCUGCGCGGAGCCUGGCUGCGCCUUCGCCGGCUCGCCGCCGAUGCUCCGCGACCACCUCAGGGACGCGCACGCCUGGCCCGUGGAGAAGGUCCGCUACAGCCAUCCGUACGACCUCCGGCUGCCGGAGUCGCAGCCGCGGCGCCUGCUCUACGCGGAGGAAGACGACGGGCGCGUGUUCCUCGUCUCCGUUGGCGCGCACGGCGGCGCGCGGCACGGCGCCGGGGUGGCGUGCGUGAGCGCGGCCGCCGCGGCGGGGCCGGAGUACUUCUGCAAGAUGUGGGCGAUCGGGAACCCGAGUCCGGCGACCGGACGGGUGGAGUUCGCCAUGGUGGAGGCGGAUGUGCCGAGCAUCAGCUCCGUGCCCGGCGACGCCGCGACGUAUGCUGCGCCACUGUCCGUGCCGCGCAGCAUGCUGCACGGGGAAUCCAUGGAGAUGCACCUCCGCCUCAGGAUUGAAAAGGCGACGAAAUGA